AUGCCAACAUCAAGAGCGGUGAAUUCUGCAUUCGAAGUAGCCACGGUGACGCUCAUAUCGACGCUGAUAUUUCUAUCGGUGGUGUCGCUGUUUCUGAUAUUCCACCUUCAAUUCAAGUCAAAAUCCCUAAAGCAUCUCAAGAACUUCAACUCCCUUUGGGCGGUUAGAUUCCUCCUCGUCUUCCUCAUCUCCCUCUGGUCCCUCUCCGAGCUCCUCCGCCUCCCUCUCAUCCGCCACCUCCACCUCCGCCUCUUCUCCUUCCUCUCCGACCAAAACGACCAAGUCUCCAACCAGGUCGGCCUCUGCAAGCUCCACAUCAUCCUCUCCUUAGGCUUCUUCCAGCCAGCAUUCCUCGUCACGCUCCUCUUCCUCUUCAACGCCUCCAUUGUCACCACCGCCAAGAACCACUUCGGCACUGUCCUCUCCGUUUUCCUCACCUGCCUUCCCGUCUCAGCGCUUCAUGGCAUUCUCAUGUUCUCCACCUCCUGGCAGCGUGCCCUGCCGCCGACCUUCCGGCAGGCUCACGUGGUGGUUACCGACGCUUUCGGCGAGGACACCGUUCUCUGCACUUAUCCGUUGCUGAGCAGUGCCGUAUUCGCGGUGUUCGCGAUUGCAUAUUCGGCGUGCUUCUUGUUAUCUUGCUGGAACGUUUUGUCGCUGGUGAUCAACAAGGGGCUCAGGUUGAGGAUCUACGGUCUGUCCACCGCGCUGCUCUUCGCGCUUCCUAUUCAGGUGGUGGCGCUAGGGUUCACCGCGGUGUGGACGCCGGAGUCACAGCUCUACGGAGUCUUUUCUCUCGUUGUGUUCCUUGGCGCCUUUGUUUGCGCGGUUACAGGGGAGGGCUUUAUGGUAAUUAAGCCGAUUUCGGACGCACUGGACGCCGGCGCCAGCUUCUACAGCCGGUCGGGUCCCCGUGAUGGUGACGCCGGAGAGAAGGAGAUGAAGGUCGCCGGAGGGGAAGACUUGGUCUAG